AUGUCGGAGUCCACAUCAGCGUGGCCGACCACUCCCGCAAUCCACUUGCAUCCGACGGAUUUACCCCGAGAUGAACUGCCGGAAGAAACAAAGGGAUGGCUGUUAUUCGUACGGGAAGAAUGCCAGUCAGUCUCAACCCCAGAAGAUGGGCUGCGACAACGGCGAGCCCUAAUCGAGAAAUGGGCUACCGCCAGUCAAGAAUUCCGCGAGUCUUACCAUAGCCGUGCCCCAGCAUAUACCUCAGCUCUCGAUUACCCGACCUCAUUACUCUCACAGCAAGCCCCACGACCAAACAAGCGGUUCCUGUGUCUGGCGCCCAUAGACCGGGAGACUCAUCCCCAGAACUACAUUCACCUUGUGAAGUUUCUGAUUCUGCUGUACGUUCAUCAAGGGGAAUGGAAUGGGCCGCAUCCCUUUGACCUGUCGGGCGCGGGCGACGCGCCGCGCUGCCACAUUCCAGAGCUUAUUAGCCGCACUACGCCCAUCGCGCUCAGCGAGAUUUUCUCCGAGCUGUACCUCUUCUCGGCAGAUUUUCAUGCUCUCUCGAUGACUCGAGACGGCACGGUUGUGUUCGCCGAGGGUCCGUACUACACGUGGUACGUGAUCGAUGAGCCAGGGCUUCUCACGGGGCGGAUGACGCUGGCUGAGUUUGGGUCUAAUGGCAACGUCCGCGCUUCGACUCCCCGUCGACCAUGGAAUAUGGGCCAGACGAUGUUAUUUAGUCAGAUUAUGGGUCGACGGGUCUUGGAAUUAUCAAUGUCGGGUGUUGGGGGCCCGCCGCAGUACAAUGAACCUUUGGAUAUGGACCUUCCUAUAAUUGAGCUCUUGGAAGUAACCCGACAGAGCAACAAGUUCCUCUACGAGGGCUACGGUAGUCGGGAUCUGUGGGUGCGCAUUAUCGAGCAGAGUGCGCCCGGGUAUCUGAGCCUGGAGGCCCAAGGGCGGGGGCUGGAAUUCAACCUUGAUCAGUUGCUUGACAUUACCUAG